AUGGUUGCGAUAAACAAUGCUCACACAGAGCUGAUUCAUGAUGCAGUUCUAGAUUACUAUGGCAAGAGACUUGCAACUUGUUCUUCAGACCACACGAUUAAGAUCUUCGAGGUUGAUGGAGAGACACAUAAGUUAAUAGAUACAUUACAAGGACAUGAGGGUCCUGUCUGGCAAGUUGAUUGGGCUCAUCCAAAGUUCGGUGUGAUUUUGGCUUCUUGUUCUUAUGAUGGUAAGGUUUUGAUUUGGAAAGAAGUUAACGGCAGAUGGUCACAAAUUGCUGCGCACGAGGUGCACUCUGCAUCUGUGAAUAGUAUUCAAUGGGCUCCUCAUGAAUACGGCCCACUACUAUUAGCAGCAUCUAGUGAUGGUAAGGUGUCCGUAGUCGAAUUUAAGGAAAAUGGAACCACUGCACCAAUUAUUAUCGACGCGCAUGCGAUUGGCGCUAAUACCGCGUGCUGGGCACCAGCUACAUUACAGCAACACUCUGCCCAUUCCAACUCUACGAACUCCGCUCAACAAGUACGCAGAUUUGUCACUGGUGGUGCAGACAAUCUGGUAAAAAUUUGGAGAUUUAAUCCCGAAGCUGCCACUUACCUACUUGAGCAUACUCUGGAAGGUCAUUCUGAUUGGGUCAGAGAUGUUGCUUGGUCACCAACAGUCUUAUCUCGCUCCUACUUAGCUUCAGUGUCACAGGACCGUACUUGUAUCAUCUGGACCCAAGAUAACAAUGAAGAUACAUGGAAAAAGACUUUACUAAAAGAAGAUAAAUUCCCUGAUGUGUUAUGGAGAGCUAGCUGGUCUUUGUCAGGUAAUAUCUUAGCCCUAUCUUGUGGUGAUAACACUGUUACCUUGUGGAAAGAAAACUUGGAAGGUAAGUGGGAACCUGCAGGUCAAGUAACAGAAUAA